GAUUAAGCACACUUGCUGUGUCUUUGUGCACUUUCUCGGUUAUCUGCUCAGCUCUGAUCAGGAAACUGGUUUUGGGAGCCGAAAAAAUGGAUCAAGGGAAGCAGGUGUUCACGGUGGAUCUUCUAGAGAGGUAUGCAGCGAAGGGGAAAGGUGUAAUUACUUGCAUGGCUGCUGGAAAUGAUGUAAUUGUGAUAGGAACUAGCAAAGGAUGGGUGAUUAGACACGAUUUUGGGAUCGGUGAUUCUUAUGAUAUUGAUCUUUCUGGGGGUCGACCUGGGGAGCAAUCUAUUCACAGAGUGUUUGUUGAUCCUGGUGGAAGCCACUGUAUUGCUAUUGUGGUUGGUAGUGGAGGUGCUGAAACUUAUUAUACUCAUGCAAAGUGGAACAAGCCUCGUGUUCUUAGUAAAUUGAAAGGUCUUGUUGUUAAUGCUGUCGCUUGGAAUAGACAGCAGAUCACUGAGGCUUCUACGAAAGAAGUUAUUGUGGGAACAGACAAUGGCCAACUUCAUGAGAUUGCAGUUGAUGAGAAGGAUAAAAGGGAGAAGUAUGUAAAAUUCCUCUUUCAAUUAACUGAACUUCCAGAAGCUUUCAUGGGCUUGCAGAUGGAAACGGCCAACUUAAGCAAUGGAGCAAGAUACUAUGUGAUGGCUGUUACUCCUACACGACUUUAUUCAUUUACUGGAAUUGGAACACUAGAAACGGUUUUUGCUAGUUAUUUAGAUCGUGCUGUGCAUUUUAUGGAACUGCCUGGUGAAAUACCAAACAGUGAACUACAUUUCUUUAUCAAGCAAAGAAGAGCCGUGCAUUUUGCAUGGUUAUCUGGAGCAGGUAUCUAUCAUGGUGGUCUAAAUUUUGGAGCACAGCAUAGUUAUCCAAAUGGAGAUGAAAAUUUUGUGGAGAGCAAGGCUCUUCUGGACUAUUCAAAACUAAGUGAUGGUGCUGAUGCAAUUAAACCAUCUUCUAUGGCAGUAUCUGAAUUUCAUUUCUUGCUUCUUAUUGGAAAUAAGGUUAAGGUUGUGAACAGAAUUAGUGAGCAAAUUAUAGAGGAACUUCAGUUUGAUCAAACAUCUGAAUCAGUUUCAAGGGAUGUUAUUGGAUUAUGUAUCGAUGCCACUGCUGGCUUGUUCUAUGCAUAUGACCAAAAUUCUGUAUUUCAGGUGUCUGUUAAUGACGAAGGACGGGAUAUGUGGAAGGUGUAUCUAGACAUGAAGGAAUAUGCUGCAGCUUUAGCAAAUUGCCGUGACCCGCUGCAGAGAGACCAAGUAUAUUUGUUGCAGGCAGAUGCUGCAUUUGACUCCAGGGAUUUUUUGAGAGCAGCAUCCUUCUAUGCAAAAGUUAAUUAUAUAUUAUCAUUUGAGGAAAUCACUCUGAAGUUUAUUAGUGCAAGUGAACAGGAUGCUUUGAGAACUUUCUUAUUGCGGAAACUAGACAAUCUUGCAAAGGAUGAUAAAUGCCAGAUAACAAUGAUUUCCACGUGGGCAACUGAAUUAUACUUGGACAAGAUAAAUCGGCUACUUCUGGAAGAGGACAGUGCUUCAGAAAAUCACAGCUCUGAGUAUCAAUCAAUCAUUCGAGAGUUCCGUGCUUUCCUUAGUGACAGCAAGGAUGUCUUGGAUGAGGCAACUACAAUGAAACUAUUAGAGAGCUAUGGUAGGGUUGAAGAACUAGUAUAUUUUGCUUGUCUGAAGGAGCAGUAUGAGAUUGUAAUUCACCACUAUAUUCAGCAAGGAGAAGCAAAGAGAGCACUGGAAGUGCUUCAAAAACCUGCUGUUCCUAUAGACCUUCAGUACAAGUUUGCUCCAGACCUUAUUGCGCUUGAUGCAUAUGAAACUGUGGAAUCAUGGAUGGCCACAAAGAACCUAAACCCAAGGAAACUGAUUCCUGCAAUGAUGCGUUAUUCAAGUGAACCCCAUGCAAAGAAUGAAACCCAUGAAGUCAUUAAAUAUUUGGAGUUUUGUGUUCAUCGAUUGCAUAAUGAGGAUCCUGGAAUUCACAAUCUGCUUCUUUCUCUGUAUGCUCAGCAGGAAGAUGAUGGUGCACUCUUGCGUUUCCUUCAAUGCAAAUUUGGAAAAGGAAGAGAAAAUGGACCUGAUUUCUUCUAUGAUCCCAAGUAUGCUUUGCGUCUUUGCCUCAAGGAAAAGCGAAUGCGUGCCUGUGUUCAUAUAUACAGCAUGAUGGCCAUGCAUGAAGAAGCGGUUGCUCUUGCUCUGCAGGUUGACCCUGAGCUUGCUAUGGCUGAAGCUGACAAGGUUGAAGAUGAUGAAGACUUGAGAAAAAAGCUUUGGCUAAUGGUUGCCAAGCAUGUUAUUGAACAGGAAAAGGGAACUAAAAGGGAGAACAUACGGAAAGCAAUAGCGUUUCUCAAGGAAACUGAUGGCCUUUUAAAGAUUGAGGAUAUAUUACCUUUCUUUCCAGACUUUGCCCUAAUUGAUGACUUCAAGGAGGCUAUUUGCUCAUCAUUGGAGGACUACAACAAGCAAAUUGAACAACUAAAACAGGAGAUGAAUGAUGCCACACAUGGUGCUGACAACAUAAGAAAUGAUAUUAGUGCACUUGCUCAAAGAUAUGCUGUCAUUGAUCGAGAUGAGGAAUGUGGGGUUUGUAAGCGCAAAAUCUUAAUUGUGGGUGGGGACUACCGCAUGUCUCGGGGCUAUACAUCAGCAGGACCAAUGGCUCCCUUCUACGUAUUUCCAUGCGGGCAUGCCUUCCAUGCACAAUGCUUGAUUGCCCAUGUGACACGUUGUACCAAUGAAACUCAGGCUGAAUAUAUACUGGAUCUGCAGAAGCAACUUACUUUUUUGGUUGAGGGAAGUAGGAAGGACUUGAAUGGUGGUAUAACAGAGGACUCCAUUUCUAGCACAACCCCGGCAGAUAAGCUCCGCUCACAGUUGGAUGAUGCAAUAGCAAGCGAAUGCCCAUUCUGCGGUGAGUUGAUGAUUAAUGAGAUCUCUUUGCCCUUUAUUCUCCCCGAGGAAGCACAGGAAGUCAGUUCGUGGGAGAUAAAACCACAUAACCUUGGAAGCCAGAGGACCCUCUCUUUGCAAGUGUGAUCAUAUUCUAUUUGCAAGUGUGCUAUGUAAUUCCAGAUGCCAGUGUGUAUAUGAGGAGCUUGAGUCCCUGUGAUGUGGCUCUGCCCGAGUCUCGGUUUUAAUUGGGUCAUGUGACUCCCUAUAGAGACGUCAUUUUUGUUUUCUUAAUUUUUUUUUUGUUUAUUGUUUUCCUUUGAGUUAGCACUUGGCCUUUCCUCAUAAUUUAAUUAUCAAAAGGACUGAGUUGUUCUACUGUAAACGAUAAUUCAUUCAUAUGGAAUGCCCGUUUCCUUGUAUUGUUUAAA